AUGCGGGGCCACUUGGCCGUGGAGCUGGUGGGAGUCUUUUUGAUUUUGAGUUGUUUUAUUUUUUUCUUUUUGACAGUUUUGACAGACCCGGGAUUGCCCGCUGCUCUCACGCAGCCGCUGCUGCUGCUGCGCGCCGGCGGCCAGCCGCUGCCCCUCGCUGCUGCUGCUGCUGAGCCUCCUGCGAAGCAGGAGCACGGCAGCCGCGAGCAGACGGCGGACACAGACGCAGCAGCAGCAGACUCACCCACAGACGCAGCAGCAGCUGCAGCAGCAGCAGCUGCUGCUGCUGCUGCUGCUGCUGCUGAGCCUCCUGCGAAGCAGGAGCACGGCAGCCGCGAGCAGAGUCGAGCCGCAGACCCACCCAGCAGCAGUGAGCAACCGCAGCAGCAGCAGCAGCAGCAGCAGCAGCAGCACGAGGAGCAGCAGCAGCUGCUGCUGCGGCCUGGAGAGCUGGCGAGGGAGUUGGUGGGCUUUUCUGCGCCUCCCGAAAGCCCAGAGUCUCCAGCGGGCGCCGAGUCUUCCCAAGCAGCAGCAGCAGCAGCAGCAGCACUUUGCGUUGCCGGGCGUGUCUGCGGACUGCAGCAGCGGGGAGAGUUGGGUGACGGAGAGCGAGUACAGCGUGGGCAGCAGCAGCAGCAGCAGCAGCAGCAGCAGCAGCGGGAGCAGCAGCAGCAGCAGCAGCAGCAGCAGCAGCAGCUGUGCAGGGAGUGCGGCGCCUCGACCACCACUGCCCCUGGACUUCCAAAUGUGUUGGCCAAAAAAACUUAA